AUGGCUCACCUACCACACCAGCUUCUCCUCCUCUUCCUCGCCGUUCAUGUCUUCGUCGCUUCCCAUGGCUCCCCUCUACCGCCAUCUAGCACCUACAAUGAUUCCAUGUGCUUGGAAUCGUUCAAGUGUGGUGGCGUUGACAUCAAAUAUCCAUUCUACCUGUCAAACACAACCCAAGCAACCCCCGAUUACACAUCUUACUUCUCUUGCGGCUACACCGAUUUGAAGAUCUUCUGCCAAGGCGAGGGGCAAACCGCGAUCGCGGUCCUUCCACUCGAUCAAUACAACUACACCGUUCGGAACAUCUUCUACGACAAUUCGACCAUCAUUCUCGGGGACACUGAAGCCCUUAGCGGCGUCAAGUGCCCCACAGUCAGCCACAACGUGUCAUUCGGCCACGAGUGGCUGGAAUACACCGACUCCUUGCACGAGUUCACCUUCUUCUUCGACUGCUACUCCACGGCAAGCGAUCACCUGCCUCCUGAUUUUCCCACAGAAGAUUUUCAGAUCAACUGCAAAGGGUUCAAUCCACCUGCAGGCAUUGGAGAUGGUGUUUCCUUCGUGUUCACCUCUGAGGAUGACAACGUUUCUCGAGAGUACGAAUUGGCCGAGCACUGCAGCCGGAUGGUCAUCAUGCCGGUAAAUAAAGAUGUUCUAUUGAGCAGUGGUCAGCUCAUGCUGCCGAGUGAUUACGGUUCCGUGCUCAAGCAAGGAUUCGAGUUGAAAUGGCAUAUGAGCACACCGCAGCCAUGCGACCUGUGCGAGCUAUCUGGCGGACGGUGCUCCUACAGUGAGGAGAAGAAAUUUCUUGGUUGCUUGUGCUCCGGCGGGAGGGUUGGCGUUCAGGGCUGCCACGCCAGCGGCACCACCACUGCGUAUUCAAACUCUCCAUCAAGUCGUCAAUACUCGAAGAAAACAACGAGAAUAUAUAUAAUAGCAGUCAGCUCGAGCAUACCUAUGCUAUGUCUACUCUUCUUUGCGUUCUGGUUGGGCUACAAGAAGUACGGAUGCAAAAGAAAAUCAAAGGAAACAGCCAGGAUUGAGUCCUACCUACAAAAGAAUGGAACGGUCCAUCCGAAAAGAUACGCUUACGCACAAGUGAAAAGAAUGACGAGAUCUUUUGCUGAAAAGCUAGGUCAAGGUGGGUUUGGUGCUGUUUACAGAGGCGACCUCUCUGAUGGUCGUCAGAUAGCAGUGAAGAUGCUAAAGGACUUCAAGACUGAUGGCGAGGAUUUCAUAAAUGAGUUAGGUAGCAUUAGUAGAACUUCUCAUGUGAACGUUGUUACUCUCUUAGGAUUUUGCUUGGAAGGAUCCAAAAGGGCACUAAUUUAUGACUACAUGCCUAAUGGUUCACUUGAAAGGUAUGCUUUCAAAGAUAGCUCCGAAGGUGGAAAUACUUUAGGUUGGGAGAAAUUAUUUGAUAUAGCAGUGGGCAUUGCUCGAGGCCUUGAAUAUCUCCACAGAGGAUGCAACACUCGCAUAGUGCAUUUUGAUAUCAAGCCCCAGAACAUUCUGUUGGAUCAAAACUUCUGUCCAAAGAUCUCUGAUUUCGGACUAGCCAAGCUGUGCCUCAAUAAAGAAAGUGCUAUUUCCAUUGGUGGUGCAAGAGGAACAAUAGGCUAUAUUGCCCCAGAGGUUUAUUCGAAGCAAUAUGGAGCAGUAAGUAGCAAGUCUGAUGUUUAUAGUUAUGGAAUGAUGGUUCUUGAGAUGGUUGGUGCAAGGGAUAAGAAUAUCAGUCCAAAUAAUGAAUCUAGCAGCCAAUAUUUCCCUCAAUGGAUUUAUGAAAAUCUAGAUGAAUACUGUGUUAGUGCUUCUGAGAUUAAUGGAGAAAUCACGGAGGUUGUGAGGAAGAUGAUAGUGGUUGGGCUGUGGUGCAUUCAGUUACGUUCUACAUAUCGUUCAACAAUGACUAGAGUCGUCGAGAUGCUUGAAGGGAGCACUACUGGCCUUGAAUUGCCACCAAAAGUGCUCUUGAGUUGA